AUGAAUCCUCAAAUGGAUAUUGUCACAAUCUUCAACAACGUUAUAUCAGAAAUUGAUAAUGAUUCUUCUCGUAUCCAAUUCUUAACUUUCACUGCAAUUCAGAGUAUCGCACGAGCACAAGAAAUUGUGGAUAUUAUCAAUACCUCAUCACUUCGAUUUGUUCAUAGCCCAGAACAACAGGUAUCUAACUGUCCAGGAUUAGACGAGAACGUGGUUGACGUUUAUCAUGGAUGUCAUCAGCAACUAAGACAAUAUAUUAUCGAUUUAAUCAACACAUGGAACGGUUCAUUUCCAAAUGAAAUUAUUCAAUCAAUCAUCAGACAAAUCAACCCACCUGAACCAAUUAUUCAACCACCACCACAACAGUAUUACCAACAAAUCCCACCACAACAACUACAACAAUUACCACAACCACCAGCUCAAUAUCAACAAUACCUAAGUCAACAACCAAUGAAAAGAGAACCAGAGGGUUUCAAUCAAGCAACAAUGCCACCACAAAAAAGGAUGGUUAAUCUUUACGAAAACCCUGAACUACCCUCUAUUGGCAUUGAUGAAGAAAUAGCAACAAACCCAUAUAUUCAAAGUGUUGUUGAACAACGUCCAGAACCUCCAAUAGAACCAACACCGAAUGUAAAUGAAGUUGAUGCUAUUGAUUUAAUGAAAAGUUCGAAUAACCAAGAGCCAAAAAAAGUACAGCUUGAACCAAUCUCAGAGCCUAUUCAAAAAACAACUACAAUCACAAGAAAAUAUAAUUUAGACCCUCAAUGUGAUAUUUGUGGAGUUCAUUGUCAUAAUAUCGACCAACAUAAACAAUGGCAUCAACGAUGUGAUUCCCUAAAAGAUGGUAUUAGUAGAGAUUGGUAUGUAUCGUCCAAUACUUGGAUUACUGAACCUAUUUCAGAACAUGCAACUAUUCAAGCUUUUGCUGCAGAUAAAUAA